AUGGAAUGGAUUCUGGCCGAGCAGAGUUGUAACACCUACAACCUCACUCUGUGCCCCAUCUACGACACUCUGGGAGCCGAUUCCGUGGAGUUCAUUCUCCAGCAGACCGAGAUGAAGGCCUGCGUCUGCGCUCCGUCGGAGACCACAAAGCUCCUCACGCUGAUCGACCGCGCUCCCGACCUCAAAGUGAUCGUGCAGAUCGGCUCGAUCGACCCGAAGACGCGCGCCAUCGCCGAGCAGCACGGCCUCACCAUGAUGACCACCGAAGAGCUGAUGGCGGCCGGUCGGCAGCACCGCCUGGCGCCGCGCCCGCCGCACGCGACGGACGUCUGCACGAUCUGCUACACGUCGGGCACGACGGGGCAGCCGAAGGGCGUGCUGCUGACGCACCGGAACUUUAUCUCGGGACUGUCGGGGUGUCUGUACACGGGCCUGGACCCCGUGCCCACGGACUGCUACAUCUCGUACCUCCCGCUGGCGCACGUGCUGGAGCGCAUCAUGCACUGCGCGAUGCUGAUCAACGGGUCGCACAUCGGGUUCUUCCAGGGCUCCACGCGGAAGAUCAUGGAGGACAUCCGCGCGCUGCGGCCGUCGAUCUUCACGAGCGUGCCCCGUCUGCUGAACAAGGUGUACGACGCGCUGAACGAGAAGAUGAAGCAGCAGAGCGCGCUGGUGCGCUAUCUGUGGAACUGCGGCGUGGAGGCGAAGAAGUGGCGCAUGGAGAACGGGCUGGACAACACGCACUGGCUCUACGACCCGCUGGUCUUCGAGAAGGUGCGCCGGAUGACCGGACUGGACCGCGUGCGCGUGACCAUCAGCGGCAGCGCGCCGCUCUCCAAGGACGUGCUGUUCUUCCUCCGCUGCUUCCUGAAGGGCGUCAUCGUCGAGGGCUACGGCGCCACGGAGACCGCGGGGCCGUGCACGCUGCAGGUGGGCGACGACUACACGAUCGGGAACGUGGGCGGCCCGCUGCCCUGCUGCGACUUCAAGCUGGUGGACGUCCCCGAGAUGGGCUACCUGACGUCGGACCGGGAGCACAACGGAAUCCCGUGCAAGGGCCGCGGAGAGCUGAUGGUGCGCGGGUUCAACAUCACGCCCGGAUACUUCAAGAGCCCCGAGCUGACGGAGAAGGCGUUCGACAAGGACGGGUUUUUGGCGACGGGCGACAUCGCGAUUAUUUUGCCGAACUACGCGGUGCAGAUCGUGGACCGGAGGAAGAACUUCUUCAAGCUGGCGCAGGGAGAGUACGUGGCCGCGGAGAAGCUGGAGAUUAUCUACGGAGGAUCGCCGUUCAUCUCGCAGAUCUUCGUGUUCGGAGACUCGCUGCAGAGCUAUCUCGUCGCCGUGAUCGUGCCCGAGGAGGAGUAUGUCAUGAAGUGGGCCAAGGGAGAGUACGAGCUGAAAGACCUCAGUUUCCAGGAGAUCUGCAACUCCAAGGAGCUGUAUGAUGCCAUCCGGCAGGACUUGAAGAGACUGCACGCGGAGGCAGGACUCCUCGGAUAUGAGCGUGUGGAGAAGUUUAAGAUCGAUAGUGAGAGCUGGUCGGUGGAUAAUGGAUUGCUGACCCCCACGUUUAAGCUGGUUCGGAAGCAGCUGAAGACUCGCUACCAGGGCGCAAUCAGCGAAUUGUAUAAAAGUUCUCUUUACGGCUGUUUGUUGAAUCACGGUUAUGGCGCGGAUUUUCGCUUUGACCUGUCGUUUCUCAGGGAUUGUCCAGUCGAGAAGCCAAUGGCUAAACGUUCGGGAAGACCAAAGCCAAAAUCGAUCAAGAGCAAGGCGAUUAACAAGAAUAGCAAGCGUAAGCUUGACACUCUUGGAAAGAAGCUGAAGAAGGGGUAUGCUGGAGAGGCGAUUCUCUACAUGACUCGUUCUCAAGCGCUGCGUAAGUUAAGUCUGAGUUUGAAGGAUUUCCGCCGAAUUUGCAUUUUGAAGGGAAUCUAUCCCCGCGAGCCCAAGCACAAGCCAAACAAGACGCAAACCUAUUAUCAUGCGAAGGAUAUCGCGUAUAUCUCCCACGAGCCGAUUAUCGAUUACUUCCGCAAGAUGAAAACGUUCCUAAAGAAGGUACUUUCUCGCUCUCACGGUCGUGGUGAGAAAUCGGAAGUUCUCCGUAAAUGGGAGAACAAGCCCGAGAUGAAUCUGGAUCAUCUGGUCAAGGAGCGUUAUCCGACGUUCAACUCCGCUCUGACCGAUCUGGACGACGCUCUGUCGAUGAUCCAUCUGUUCGCCCUUCUGCCCGCCACAUCGAGCAUCCGAGCCUCGAAAUCGCAGACAUGCCGUCGUCUGUGCCACGAGUGGAACUUCUACAUCAUCCAGAGCCGCAGUCUGCGGAAGGUGUUCAUCAGCAUUAAGGGCGUCUACUACCAAGCGGAGAUCCAGGGCCAGAAAAUCACUUGGCUCGUUCCGCACAAGUUCUCCCAGGACCUUCCAGGCGACGUCGACUUCCAGGUCAUGCUCACCUUCCUCGACUUCUACCAAGUGUUUCUCCGAUUCGUCCUCUACCGCCUCUAUUUUACCGCGGGAAUGAAGUACCCGCCCUCCGUCGACGCCCUCCGCGACUGCGAGGGCGCAGAAAUCGACGCGUUAACCGCGGAACUCGACGUGGCCCCCGCGGACAGCGAGGAAUCGCGGGAAUUGGCCGGUCGGCGCGGGCGUUUCAUCUGA